GAGCUCCAACAGAAACGGACGCGUGGGUUUUUUUCUCUCUCUCUCUCCGCCUGAUCGUUGAUGGGUAUUAUUUUCUGCUACACGGCGCCCACGAACUAAACUCACACGGUGACGGUACCACUUCGCUUCCGUUCUGGUUUUUAUUUCUUCUUCUUUGGAUUAUUCUUCAUCUGGAGAGAAGAAGAAGAAAAGAAAAAACCGUGAAAUUAAAUAGGGAGAGGAAGUACAAGGAGAAGAUAGAGAGAUAGAGAGAAAGAAAAGCUGGACAUCAGAGCACAGGGGGUUGGUGCUCCCGCUUACACGGCAAGUCACGGACAUGCUUCAGGGAACUUGUAAUUCCAUAUCGAUAAGGGUGGCUCUGCCUGGCUCUCUAUCAUGACUGAUGGCGAGGGGAGAGUCUGCUUCCUCUACACCACCACCUCCUCUACCCCCACCCCCACCUCCUCUACCCCCACCCCCACCCUCACCCUCACUCCUGCCCUCAACGUCCAGCAGGGAGGGGAGGAAAGGCGGUGCCGUGACGGAGAGGUGAGGGUUCUCAUACCGGCUCCAUUUUACCGGGAACACAACCCACACCCAUCACCGUUUUACCGGGAACACAACCCCCCGAGACGUCACCACCACGACAUCGGCUUCCGUGAUGAUGAUGAGGACGAGGAAGAGGAGGGAGGCAGCAGCACACGGAGUCCAUGGCCGGAGGAUGAGGAAGAGGAGGAGGAAAGGGAGGAGGAAGGUGCAGGAGUAGCUGCCCGUUGUGCCCCGGGGCCUCCCAUUGUUGUUACUGGCGGUAGUAGUAGUGGUGGUGUGUUCGGUAACGUGAGGAGGGAGCCGGUAACGGAGCCGGUAGACCCAGUGGACCUGCUGUCUGAAGAGGAGGAGCAGCAGCCAUAUCCAGCCCUCGCCCCCGUAGUCUUCUUCUGCAUCAAACAGACCACGCGUCCUCGCAGCUGGUGUCUACGCACGGUCUGUAACCCGUGGUUUGAACACAUCUCUAUGAUAGUGAUUCUCCUGAACUGUGUGACUCUGGGGAUGUACCAACCCUGUGAAGAUGUCACCUGUCAGGCAGAGUGGUGCCUCAUACUACAGGUGUUUGAUGACUGUAUCUUUGCAUUUUUCGCGGUGGAGAUGGUCAUUAAGAUGGUGGCUCUGGGGAUCUUCGGUUCUAAGUGUUACCUUGGCGACACUUGGAACCGACUGGACUUCUUCAUCGUCAUGGCAGGGAUGAUGGAGUAUUCUCUGGACGGACACAACGCCAGUCUGUCAGCUAUCAGGACCGUACGCGUUCUGCGGCCGCUCCGGGCAAUCAACAGAGUCCCUAGUAUGCGUAUCCUGGUGACUCUGCUCCUAGACACUCUCCCCAUGCUGGGGAACGUCCUGCUCCUCUGUUUCUUCGUCUUCUUCAUCUUCGGCAUCGUCGGCGUGCAGCUGUGGGCGGGGCUACUGAGAAACAGGUGCUUCAUGGGAGAAGACUUCAGAACGCUCUAUAACCUGUCAUCGAGGGCCGAGGAGGACCCGCGCAUCUGCUCAGCGGGGAUUCGGGAGAACGGAAUGUGUGCCUGCCAGUACUAUAACGUCUGUCGGCCCGGCAACGUCAACCCUCACAAAGGAGCGGUGAACUUUGACAACAUAGCCUACGCAUGGAUAGCCAUAUUCCAG